GGGGAAACGGAACAGCUCCACGGCAGAGCAGGGCCAAACAGGUCUCAUACAGGAAACACCUCCUAUGUGCCGGGCACUGUGCAAAAUAGCAGGGACUCGGCGGCAGUUGACAGAAAGACCAACUGCCCCCCAAGAAAAGACCAAACCGCUGCGUACGGGAGCUGCAAAGGGAGCAGGCAACAGCAGGUGCGCACGCGGCUGGGAGGCAGGGAGAGGCCAGGUGCUGUCGCCCAGGGCGGUAGGCGGGCGUCUCCUCAGCCGGGGACCCUGCAGCCACGGCCAAGCUCCUGCCGCACACACCACGCUCACACCGAGCUCCUCUGACGGGGGCGGGGGGAAGCUGAAGAACGGAGAGGGGAUUGACGCCCGAUCGCGGCCUUGGCCUCCUGAGGGCCCAGGACUGCGUGUGCCCCUUGAACGGAGAACUCGCCUGCGGGAGACCCAACGAUGUGUGGCGGGACCAGACAGGGGAAGGACAGCGAGGAGAUCGAGGGACUGGCAGGGCUGUGACCGGCGUGGGGGGCCCGCCGGAGCCCACCGCGCACCGCCGCCUGGCCAGCUCUGCAGGGGCGGAGCCAUAGGAAGUCCCAUAUCCCUCAGGCCCGCCUGGGUCCGGCCCAAACAAACAGGAAAUGCCAGGCAGUCCCCACCCCAAGGUCGUGGGAAGCCGCUGUGGCCGCGGGGCUCCCAGCCCCAGCCCAGCUUCUGUGGGGCGGCCGGGCUGUCUGGCCUUGGGCAGGGCCCUCCCCUCUCUGGGCUCUGCUGCCCCUUAGUCCCGCGCUGUGGGGUGACAGGCGGUGUCACCUUCACAGUGGCCGUCCCCCUCCGAGGCGCAGAUUUCUCUUCUGUGAAAUGAGAACAGGGCACAUCCGCCGAGCCGUGGUUAGCCCCAGCAGGGACAGCAGGGAGGGCCCGGCUUUGGAAAAGCCACUGGGCCCAGGGCCUUCGCUACCUCCUGUGCCUCCGUCUCCCUCGCGGGCUGCACUGGGGUGGCCACCCGUGGGCAUCGGCUGGCAGUGACGGGAGGCGAGAGGCGUGGAUGCAGCGGCCAGGGGCCUGGAGAGUGCCGCCCUCGGUUCCGGCUCCGGGGAAGGGCAGGCCCGAGGUCGGGGCAGGACUGGAUCCCGCCCAUCGGGGCUUGCCGAAUGCUCACAGGGGCCAGGGGGGACGGGGACUUAGGGCCAGGCAGAGUUCUGGGGUUCUGUGCACUCCUCAUGGUCCCUCAGGCAGGGAGCUGCCGCUCCAGCUGCCAGGCCUGCUGUGUGUGGGCCUCACACCUCCCUGCUUGGAGCUGCAACCUGUUGCAAGUGGUGGAGCCUGGAAGAUCAGAGAGGCACAGCAACUUGCCUAAGGUCACACAGCAGUGUGGCCACCACUGGAGUGGGGAGAGUCCCAGGUGUGAAUGGAAAGAAAACCAUUUGUCAGGCCCAUGCCACGAGCAUAUGGCAGGUCCCUUUGAGGUGGCAAAUGUGUGAUGGGCUUGUAUGCUUGGGCCAGGCCAUGCCUUGGUGCUGGGUACCUUCUGGGCAGGCUGGGAAGUGGCCUCUGACAGCACUAUAGGAGUGCGUGGAGUAAGGCUAAGGCCUCGAGUCCAGUACACUGGGGCCUUUGCUGUGCCGCUAAUGCUCACAACUGUCACCUAAUUCCCUGCCUCAGUUUCCUCAUCUGCACCUUGGAGAUCAUGAGUGCCCUCCACAGAGCUCCUCGGAAGGUUCUGUGUCUUCUGCACCACGCCGACCAGGUUAGGUACCUGUCUGCUUGCCUUCGCCAACCAGUCCAACACCCAGACAGUACCCGGUGUGCAGUAGGUGCUCACGCUGUCUCAGUAGCUGCUGCCAUUAUUGCAAGGUUGAGGUGCUCCUGCCUCAGCUGCCUGAGAGCUCAGGCAAAGUGCUACACUCCUCCUCAGCUCAGCCUUGACUUCCCCUUCAUAAAGAGGCCAGUGCCUGACGUGGUGGCACACGCCUGUAAUCCCAGCACUCAGGAGGCUGAGGCAGGAGGAUUACUGCAACUUCGAGGCCAGCCUGGGCUACAAAGUGAGCUCGAGGCCAGCCUGAACUGCAGAGUGAGACCCUGUCUCACAAAGACAUAAAGAGGCCAGUAAUUCCCCUGGCCUCCCGGGGCAGAGCUGCCAGGCCUCUUCUCACCCUCCGCAGAUACCUACUAAGCGCCUACUGCCUCUGUGGCACUGGGGUUUUGGCGGAAGCAAAGCAGAACAGUCCUGUGCGUGGUGAGGUUCACCAUGAGACAGCGUCUGAGAGCGAGGCGUGUUGGCCCAGUCAGGCCUGGGGUCUUCUGGGGCUUGGGUUGGCUGGAUAAGGACGAGCCAAGGGGCCGGGAACAGAUCUGGGGGUGUGUCUUGGAGGGGAGGAGGAACCUCGGGCCCAGGCAGACAAGGAUGGGGGAGAAGGGGUGAAUCCUGGUCCCCAGAUCUUCCCCAGGCAGCAGCUGAGGGAACAGAGGCUUGGAGAGAGCUAGUGGGACCCCCAGGACCCCAGAGUUCCAGGGAAAGUGGCCUCACCUGGCCUUGGGCAAAGCCCAGACGGACUUUCCUGCCUGCAAAUCUCGCACCUCUGGGCCUCUCCCCACCGCCCGCAGCCGCAGCCUCGGGUCCUAAUCCGCCCCCGGUCUCCACCUGAA